AUGUCUUCUUUGCAUCUUCAAAGGGAUAAGAAAAGAGCGCAAGAUGAAAUGCGACGCCUUAUGGCUGAACGUCGAAAUAAGGACAUAAAACAGGUUAAAAUUAAUAAUCCUCUCGCAAAGUACAACAAUGCAGGGCAAUUAACUUGUGUACUGUGUUCCUCUGUAGUGCGAUCUGAACAAGUUUGGACUGUUCAUGUAAAUAGCAAACAACAUAGGGAAAAUAUUGAAAAUGCUAAAAAACUAAAGGAGAAAACUAACAACUUCACUACUGGGAAAUUGAAACAUAAACUAGGGGAACCCACAGAUGCUCCCGAGGGAAAAAAAAUUAAAGGAAUUUUAAAAAAUGCAAGUCAAGCUCCCCCUUCUCAUCAUAAUGUUGAUCUCAAGUCCCCACAAAUUAUAACUUCCCACAAUGAGGAAAUAAAAAGAGCACCAUUAAAUAUUAAUAUUCUUAAUUCUAUAGCAAAAGAUAAAGAAGAAGAAGAACCUACACCAGAGGUAACUGCUGAGCAGCCCAUUCCAGAAGGAUUUUUUGAUGAUCCAAUUUUAGAUGCUAAGGUUAGAAAUAUUGAAUACAAAGACCCUGUUGAAGAGGAAUGGGAAAAAUUUCAAAAAGAGAUAAAGGAAGAAGCGAGUGCAUCUGCAGAAAUAAUAGCUGGUGAGCAAGAAGAAGCUACUGUGGAAAGACAGAUCGAUGAAAUCGACGAGCAAAUUAGAAAUUGGAGCAAAGUUCUGGACUUAGAAGUUAAAAAAGAAGAAACAAAAAAGCAAAGGCAAGAGGCAGAGCAAAUGAGUGAGCAAGAAGACUCUGAUUCUAACAAUGAUGAUAACAUAGAUGAGUUUUUAGAUUGGCGUGCAAAAAGAUCGUGA